GUCUAUCUGGUUACUUGUAGCCUGCUGCAGAAACUUCUGGAAGAUGACAUCUGGAUCUUCCUCUACUCCUUUGGGGGAAGUGCUACCCAUAUUAAAUGAAGCACUGGCUUUAAACUGACCAAAUAAGCCAGGAAUCACCAGUAAAGAUAAGAUGACCCAAGAGAACGGUACUCAGCAGUUGAAGAACAUAUUGCUGAUUUAAGUUACUUGACAGCAAAAGAGCAAAUAAUUGCCCUGGCCAGUAUGGCUCAGCGGUUGGAGCAUCGGCCUGCAGACCAGAGAGUCCCGGAUUCGAUUCCUGCUAGGGGACAGUACCCUCUUGCAAGAUAGCAGCAAGACUCUGCCCAUAUUUGAGCAAACUUUUUGCGGUGGAAGACUGAGCGGCUGAGGCACAGAUUAUCUUGAUAAUGGUAAUAAUAAAAUGGCAAUUCAGCAAGCAGAUAAACUAUUGAAGAAACAUAAGGAUCUUCAUUGUGCUAAGGUUUUAAAGGCAAUUGGUUUACAGAGAACUGGAAAGCAAGAGGAAGCCUUCACCUUGGCACAGGAGGUGGCAGCCCUUGAACCUACAGAUGACAACUCGCUGCAGGCACUGACUAUUCUUUACCGGGAGAUGCAUCGUCCGGAGUUAGUUACAAAACUUUAUGAGGCAGCUGUGAAGAAAGUUCCCAAUAGCGAAGAGUAUCACUCUCACCUCUUCAUGGCCUAUGCAAGAGUGGGAGAAUACAAGAAAAUGCAACAGGCUGGCAUGGCUCUAUAUAAGAUUGUUCCCAAAAACCCUUACUACUUUUGGUCUGUGAUGAGCUUAAUUAUGCAAUCUAUAUCAGCACAGGAUGAAAACCUCUCAAAAACUAUGUUUCUACCCCUUGCUGAGAGAAUGGUAGAAAAAAUGGUGAAAGAGGACAAAAUAGAAGCUGAGGCUGAAGUUGAACUUUAUUAUAUGAUCCUGGAGCGUUUGGGAAAGUACCAGGAAGCCUUGGAUGUCAUCAGAGGAAAAUUAGGAGAGAAGUUGACCAGUGAGAUUCAAAGUCGGGAAAAUAAAUGCAUGGCUAUGUACAAAAAGCUGAGCAAGUGGCCAGAGUGCAAUGCCCUUUCCCGGCGCCUCUUACUGAAAAACUCAGAUGACUGGCAGUUCUAUCUGACUUACUUCGAUUCUGUCUUUCGGCUGAUUGAAGAGGCCUGGACUCCUCCUGCUGAAGGUGAACACUCUUUAGAAGGAGAAGUACAUUAUUCUGCAGAAGAAGCUGUGAAGUUUAUAGAAGAUCGGAUAACAGAAGAAUCUAAAAGUUCUCGCCAUCUUCGAGGACCACAUCUAGCUAAACUGGAGCUGAUUAGACGUUUACGACGUCAAGGUUUUAAUGAUGAGUAUAAACUGGGUGACCCAGAAGAAUUAAUGUUUCAGUAUUUUAAAAAGUUUGGGGAUAAGCCUUGUUGUUUUACAGACCUCAAGGUGUUUGUUGACCUCUUGCCUGCUUCACAGUGUACAAAAUUCAUUAAUCAAUUACUUGGAGUUGUUCCUUUAUCGACAUCAACAGAGGAUAAGUUGGCACUGCCUGCUGACAUCAGAGCUCUGCAGCAGCAUUUGUGUGUGGUGCAGCUGACCAGGUUACUGGGCUUGUACCACACUAUGGAUAAAAAUCAGAAAUUGAGUGUGGUCAGAGAACUGAUGUUAAGGUACCAGCAUGGACUAGAGUUUGGAAAAUCGUGUUUGAAAACAGAAUUGCAGUUUUCAGACUAUUACUGUCUCCUUGCUGUCCAUGUGCUUAUUGAUAUAUGGAGAGAAACAGGUGACGAGACUGCUGUGUGGCAGGCCCUGACUUUGCUGGAAGAGGGAUUAACUCACAGCCCUUCCAAUGCUCAAUUCAAAUUGCUGCUUGUUCGAAUCUACUGUAUGCUGGGGGCAUUUGAACCAGUGUUGGAUCUGUACUCCAGCCUCGAUGCUAAGCAUAUCCAGCAUGAUACCAUUGGUUAUCUUUUGACCCGAUACGCUGAAUCCCUAGGUCAGUAUGCUGCUGCAUCCCAAUCCUGUAACUUCGCACUCAGGUUUUUCCACUCCAACCAGAAAGAUACCUCAGAAUAUAUUAUUCAAGCUUACAAAUAUGGUGCAUUUGAGAAGAUUCCAGAGUUUAUCGCUUUUAGGAACAGGCUGAAUAAUUCUCUUCAUUUUGCACAAGUCCGUACUGAACGGAUGUUGUUAGACCUCCUACUUGAAGCAAACAUAUCAAUCAGCUUAGCAGAAAGUAUAAAGUCGAUGAAUCUUCGGCCAGAAGAAGAUGACAUUCCAUGGGAAGCCUUGCGAGAUAAUAGAGACUUAAAUGUUUUCUUCAGCUGGGAUCCAAAAGAUAGGGAUGUUUCUGAAGAACAUAAGAAACUUUCCUUGGAGGAGGAGACCAUGUGGUUAAGAAUUCGUUCCUUAACAUUGAGGCUGAUCAGUGGACUUCCAAGUCUUAACCACCCUGUGGAACCAAAGAACUCGGAGAAGACCACUGAGAAUGGUGUAUCCUCCAGGAUUGAUAUUCUUCGUUUGCUCCUUCAACAGCUGGAGGUGGCCCUGGAGACAGGAAAGCGAUUUAUUGAGAAGGAAAUUCAGUAUCCUUUCCUUGGUCCUGUGCCUACUAGAAUGGGUGGAUUCUUUAAUUCUGGCUGUUCUCAAUGUCAGACCAGUUCUUUUUAUCUUGUUUGUGAUAUUUAUGAGCUGGAUACCAAUGGUUUAGAGGAUACAGUGGAGAUCCAGGAGCGAGUAGAGAACAGUCUUAAGUCUUUACUAGAACAAUUAAAAGAUGUCUUCAGUAAAUGUAAAGGUGACUUGUUAGAAGUUAAAGGUGGCAACUUGAAAACACACCCUACUUUCUUAGAAAAUCUAGUCUUCUUUGUUGAGACUAUUUCUAUUAUCCUUUGGGUGUCCAGUUACUGUGAGAGUGUCCUGCGACCAUACAAGUUAAAUUUACAGAAAAAGAAAAAGAAGAAAAAAGAAACCAGCAUCAUCAUGCCACCUGUUUUUACCAGUUUUCAAGACUAUGUUACUGGGCUUCAGACUUUAAUUUCCAAUGUUGUGGAUCAUAUUAAAGGGCUUGAAACACAUCUAAUUGCACUUAAACUUGAAGAACUUAUUUUAGAAGACACUUCUCUCUCACUGGAAGAGAGAAAGUUUUCAAAGACUGUGCAAGGGAAGGUGCAGAGCAGUUAUCUGCACUCACUUCUGGAAAUUGGGGAGCUGCUGAAAAAAAGACUUGAAACCACAAAGAAACUAAAAAUUUAAGGAAGUGUGAACCACAGGCACUGAUGACUCUCUACCAGAAAUUAUAUCAUCUUCCCAGGCAACAUCUACAUUGGGUUGACCAUCAUUUUAAUCCAGAACUUCCUCAUAAAAUGCAUGAAGGACUUUGAUCGUGAAUUAAUUUUUUAGGUAUUAAAUGUAUACAACUGAUUAAAUUAUUGUACAUAAACCAGAAGCAGGACCCUCAUCUGGGCUUGACCACUUUUUAUACAUAUUCAUAUGCAUAUGGCAGCCACAAGAGAACCCCACUUUUCUUCUGCCCUUCUCUCACCAGGAACAUCUGGUGGGGGAGGGUCCUACAAAAGCAGCAAUAGAAAUUAAACAUAAAGCAUUGACCUCAGAGCAGCUGAAUGGCCCUACUGUUACAGCAGUGGACAUUUUGGUCUGGUCCUUGAGCCUUAGGAAACGAAGGAGAAGUAGAUUGGGGACCAUGACUGGGAGCAGGCCCUCUUUCCACAUUAGCAGUUUGGUUUUGAGGCUUCCUCAGCUGCUUGCCUUCCACAGAACCCAAGGCAGGUACCCAAAGGGCGUCAGAUGAAAUUUGGCAUAAGCACCUGCCACUGAAGGGCACCACUCAGACAACCACAGGCACUCAUUUUUUGGCUUAAUCGUCCUGAUAGCCAAGAUAUCCCCAUCCUAGCUCCAGUGAGCGUUAAAUCACAGUUGGGCUCUAAGGCUUCUGUUAACUUGCAGCUGUUUGGAGGGGAAAGCAGUGCAGACCACUCCUAAGCCUGCUGAGGACUAGCUUGCUGCCUUUCAUCCAUUUGGAAAGAUGGGAAUCACUUUUAAAGAAAAGUGUACAUAAUUUAUGCAGGCAAGUGUAAUACCAAUGUCAUUGGUUUUGUGAGAUAUAUAUAUGUGUAU